AGACUUGAGUUUGAGCUCUCCAGCACCUCAUGCUUUCAUGGAGGUUGCGCCGAUCUCCGCCGCCGUCGUCUUCACCUUCCUUCUCUUCUUCCUCCCCCAUGCCCCGAUCCCAACUCUUUCAGCUGGCUGGUCAGAUGACCGCUCUGCGCUUCUGUCCUUCAAAUCUGGUGUGUCUAGUGACCCCGAAGGAGCUCUCGAUAGCUGGGGUUCAGCAGAUGUGUGCAACUGGACCGGCGUUGCUUGCGACAUGGCGACGAAGCGUGUCGUGAAGUUGAUUCUAAGGGAUCAAAAGCUCUCCGGUGAGGUCUCUCCUGCACUCGGCAACCUCUCCCACCUCAACAUACUCAGUCUCUCGGGAAACCUAUUCACCGGGAGGGUUCCGUCGGAGCUCGGGAACCUCUUUCGCCUCAAUUUACUAGAAAUAUCGGCGAAUUCAUUCGCCGGGGAAGUCCCGCCGGAGCUCGGCGACCUCUCUAGCCUCAAUUUCCUUGACCUCUCUGCAAACUUUUUCACCGGAGAAGUGCCUCCGGAGCUCGGGAAUCUCUCUCGGCUGAAGCAAUUGAGCAUUGGCAAUAACGGUUUGGAGGGGCCGAUUCCGGUCGAGCUCACACACAUUCGGAACCUUAUUUACCUCAACCUCGGCGAAAACAACUUGUCUGGGCACAUCCCGGAGGCCAUCUUUCGCAACUUGUCCAGCUUGCAGUACAUUGACCUCUCCUCAAAUUCACUCGAUGGCAAGAUCCCCAUUCGAGGAGAUUGCCCGCUGCCCGACCUGAUGUUCUUGGUCUUGUGGUCGAACAACCUCGUCGGCGGCAUCCCCCGCUCGAUAUCCAACUCGACUAAGCUCAAAUGGCUGCUGCUGGAGUCCAACUUCCUCACCGGCGAGCUGCCGUCCGACAUGUUCAGCAACAUGAGGGACAUGGAGCUUCUGUACCUUUCAUACAACUACCUAGAGAGUCCAGAGAACAACACGAACCUUGAGCCUUUCUUUGCCUCCCUAGCAAACUGCACCAACUUGAAGGAGCUCGGGAUCGCUGGGAACGGGAUCGCCGGGACGAUCCCGCCGCUUGUCGGUCGCCUCUCACCUGGCGUCAAGCAGCUCUACCUGGAGUACAACAAAAUCUUCGGCCCGAUCCCGGCGAACCUUUCCGACCUCACCAAUCUCACCGCCCUGAACCUGUCACACAACUUCCUCAACGGCUCCAUCCCGCCGGGCAUCGUCGGCAUGCAGCGGCUCGAGCGGGUGUACCUCUCGAAUAACCUGCUCACCGGCGAGGUCCCGCCGUCCCUCGGUGCGAUCCCACGGCUCGGGCUCAUCGACCUCUCGCACAACCGGCUCAACGGCUCCAUCCCGGCCACGCUCUUCAACCUCACGCAGCUGCGCGUGCUCGUGCUGCGUGACAACCGUCUCUCAGGCGUCAUACCUCCGAGCCUUGCCCAAUGCGUGAACCUGCAAGAUUUUGAUCUCUCUCACAAUGCGUUGCAAGGCAAGAUCCCGGCAGACUUGUCCAGACUGAGUGGCUUACUCUACCUGAACCUCAGCGGCAACCUGCUGGAAGGGCCGAUCCCGGCGACCAUUAGCAAGAUGAUGAUGCUGCAAGUGCUCAACUUGUCGUCGAACAGGUUGUCCGGCACGAUCCCGCCGCAGCUCGGCAGCUGCGUCGCGCUCGAGUACCUUAACGUCUCCGGCAACGCGCUGGAGGGCGGCCUGCCAGACACCGUCGUCGCCUUGCCGUUCUUGCAAAUUCUUGACGUGUCGUAUAAUGGCCUGACGGGUGCGCUGCCGUUGUCCUUGGAGACGGCGGCGUCGUUGCGGCGUGUCAACUUCUCCUACAACGGCUUCUCCGGGGAGGUGCCGGGUACCGGUGCCUUCGCGAGCUUCCCGGCGGAUGCAUUCCUCGGUGACACUGGCCUUUGCGGGUCCGUGGCCGGCUUGGCUCGGUGCGGCGGCGCAAGGCAUCGCGUGCUUUGUGACCGGCGCGUGGUGAUCACGGUCGUCGGGUUCACGUUGGCUAUCAUCGGCGUCGUCGCAUGCCGCGCGGCGGCGACAGCGGACGUGAGGCGGGACGCGCGGCGCUCGAUGCUGCUUACUGACGCUGACGAGCCGACGAAGAGGGACCACCCGAGGGUGUCGCACCGGGAGCUCUCCGAGGCGACGCGCGGCUUCGAGCAGUCGAGCCUCAUUGGCGCAGGGCGGUUUGGGCGCGUCUACGAGGGGACGCUCCGCGACGGCACGCGUGUCGCCGUCAAGGUCCUCGACCCGAAGAGCGGCGGCGAGGUCUCCCGGAGCUUCAAGCGGGAGUGCCAGGUGCUGAGGCGGACGCGCCACCGGAACCUGGUGCGCGUGGUCACCGUGUGCAGCCAGCCGGACUUCCACGCGCUCGUGCUCCCGCUGAUGCCCAACGGCAGCCUCGAGAGCCGCCUCUACCCGCACGACGGCCGGCCCGGCCGCGGCCUCAACCUCGCUCAGCUGGUCGCCAUCGCCGGCGACGUCGCCGAGGGGCUCGCCUACCUGCACCACUACGCACCGGUCCGUGUCGUGCACUGCGACCUGAAGCCGAGCAACGUCCUCCUCGACGACGACAUGACGGCCGUCAUCGCAGACUUUGGCAUCGCGCAGCUGCUCAAGGACGUCGGCGACAGUGACUUCGGCUCAGAUGAUCGGUCCAACUCCAUAACCGGAUUGUUAAAAGGUUCAGUCGGCUACAUCGCACCAGAGUACGGAUUGGGAGGUCACCCUUCGACGCAAGGCGACGUGUACAGCUUCGGCGUGAUGCUUCUCCAGUUGAUCACCGGGAAGAGGCCGACCGAUGUCAUCUUCCACGAGGGGCUCACGCUGCACGAUUGGAUCAAGCGGCACUACCCGUAUGACGUCGGCGCGAUCGUCGCUCGGUCGUGGCUGACGGACGCGGCGGCGGCGGUGGCGGACGAGAGGAUCAUGGCGGACGUCAUGGUCGAGCUGAUCGACCUCGGGCUCGUGUGCACGCAGCACUCGCCGACGGCAAGGCCGACCAUGGUGGAGGUGUGCCACGAGAUCGCUCUCCUCAAGGAAAACCUCGCCAAGCAUCGGGGCGCGGCAUCGGUGACGAUGACGGCUAGCGAGCGAGCAAAAGCUGGCGGAAGAUACGAGCAAGUGCCCAAAAAAAUGACCGUUAGCUCUCCUUCCCCACACGACCCCGUGGCGACUGCAACGGCGACGGCCUCCCCUCGUCGGCCGCUGCCCGUUCCGUCACCCUCCUCCCCCUCCCCCAACCCAGAAUUCUCUGGGCGCCUGCCGCGUGGCCACUCCGGCUCCCGGCAGCCACCAAAAAGCCUUUUUUUCCCCGCCGCAUCAGCCCACCGAGAUCAUCUAGAUCUAUCCUUCUCCCGCAGCCCGGACCCGGCUUCAGGCGCAUCCGCGUGCGACCCUGGUUGCGGAUGGGGUCCCAGGCUUGGUCGUUGCUUGCAGCAGGAGGAGCUAUCCGAUGACGCACUGCAGCAAGAGCUAUAUGCUGCUCGCAUCCCCGCCGAUCUAAAGGGGAAAUCGCCGUUACUCCCUCCUCCCCCUGCGAUGCGGCAACAACGCAGCUCAGUGGUGGCUGUUCCUCCACAUUCCAGCUUCAAUGCUCGUGAUGCCCCUAUGCACCUCGAGCCCCCUGCUGCUUUGGAUGUUGGUCCGUCAGGCUCACAUGCUGCGAAGGCAUCUGAUGGUAUGGAUGAUUCCCUGGGCUGGGUGAAGGUCAAGUCGAGAUUUUGGCGGAGAUCAGUUAAUGCCAAGAAUUCAAGGCGCCAGCCACCUGCCUCUUCUUCCGGCUUAAAUGCCAUGGCAAUCCUGUCUUUGUUCAAGAAGAAAUCAAGUGGGAGAUGCUUCAGAUGUUUAGCGUCAGACCACAAGUUUGCAGAUUGCAGAGACCCACCUCGCUGCAUCCUGCGCUCUGCUUCUGGCCAUCGUUCGAGCUGGUGUCCCUCCAAGAAGAAGCCUGCUAGGCACCGCGCGGCCAGGACGGCCAGCUGGCGCCACAUCGAGCCGAUGCGGAAAGCGCCAAUUCAGCAGGCCCCUGCCCUACCCCUCAACUCGGUGGCUUUCCGUCCUCUGCCACGACGCUUGGAGAACCACAUCCCCGGUGUGGCACAUCACCAUCCGGAACCAGUCCGAAGGUGCAUCCCUUUCUCGAAGUCCACAGAGUGUUCCGAACGCUCCCUUAUGUGGCAUGUUGCGGGGCCUACUCAGCACCGCAGUCAGCGCGUCGACGAUCGCGUUUUCUACCACAACCAACGUCGCCGUGGUGAUCAGGGGCGGAUCCACAGGGUCACCGGGUGGGCUAGGGCACAGAAAAAAAGAAAUUAG